AUGUCGGGUAGAAUCAAACCUUUAGAUGUGUCAGUUGUUAAUAAAAUAGCCGCUGGAGAAAUUGUUAUUGCUCCAGUGAAUGCUUUGAAGGAGAUGAUGGAAAAUUCCAUUGACGCUAAGGCUACCAUGGUCGAUAUUCUUGUGAAAGAUGGUGGCAUAAAGCUAUUACAGAUUACAGACAACGGAUGUGGAAUAGACAAAGAUGACUUACCAAUUCUCUGUGAGAGGUUUACCACCUCGAAAUUGGAAGUUUUUGAGGAUUUGAGUAAGAUAGAAACUUUUGGUUUCAGAGGUGAGGCACUUGCAUCAAUAUCACAUAUAGCUAGAGUGACCGUAACUACCAAGACAGAAAAAGAUCAGUGUGCAUGGAAAGCUUCCUUUUCUGAGGGCAAAAUACUGGGCCAACCAAAGCCUGUUGCUGGAAAAACCGGAACCAUAAUUACAGUUGAAGACUUGUUUUACAAUAUUCCAUCAAGACUGAAGGCGCUUAGGUCACCAGGUGAAGAGUUCAAUAAAAUAUUAGACGUAAUUGGUAGAUAUUCGAUAAACAACAACAAUGUGGGGUUUUCAUGCAAAAAAUUCGGUGAUUCUAAAGUGGCAUUGAUGAUAAAAGCUGACUUAUCUACCAAGGACAGAGUACGAAUUGUCUUUGGAGCUAAUGUUUCUACAAAUCUAAUGGAACUAAAUAUUGACAUCACGGAUGAUGUCCAGAGAAAUGGGUUACUUUCUGCCUCGGGUUUUGUCACAAAUCUCGAUUUCACAAAUAAAAAGCCAAUUCCACCUGCAUUUUUCAUUAACGGAAGAUUGGUAUCAUGCGAUCCCAUGAGACGUUCGUUCUAUCAAAUAUACUCAAAUUUCCUUCCAAAAGGGAACAAACCUUUCAUAUACUUCAGUUUAACGAUAAAACCUCAGAAUGUUGAUGUUAAUAUACAUCCCACCAAAAGAGAAGUUCGUUUUCUUAAUGAAGAGGAGAUAAUCGAUAGGCUUGCCAUCUUGUUACAGGAUAAAUUGGCUUCCAUAGACACUUCUCGUACCUUUAAAACGGCAUCGUCUGUGUCCAAUCCUUAUCAGGUGCAACUUAUAGGAUCAUCGAAUGAAUCUCAAGACUCUCCUUCAACAAACCUAAAGAUGAAAAGACAAGAGAAUAAAUUAGUUCGCAUUGACUCAAGCCAAGUUAAGAUAACAAACUAUUUACGUUCGACAAAAUUUGAAUUCGGAGCAUCCAAAAACAAAACUAAGAAAAUGAAUAUUGAAAAAAUCGCCGAUGACAAUGAUACGACUUUGCAAAACGAUGGAAUGGAAAUCGAGAAUGACAUCGAAGCUUCAUAUGGCGAUGAAACUUCAACACAACAUACUACCCUAAGGAAUAAUACGUAUUAUAUUGUUCCUAAACAAAGAGUGCAAGUGAAUUUAACCAGCAUAAAAAAACUCAAACAGGCCGUGGAUGAGCAGAGCCAUUCAGAACUUACAAACAUUUUUGCUAACUUAACUUAUGUUGGCAUUGUUGACGAGACAAGGAGGUUAGCGUCUAUUCAGUGUGAUCUCAAACUAUUCUUGGUUGACUACGGGAGCAUUUGCAAUGAACUAUUCUACCAGAUCGGCUUAUCAGAUUUUUCCAACUUUGGGAAAAUCAUGCUCUUUGAUGAAGAUGAAACUGAAGCCGGGUUCAACAUUACAAAGAUACUGGAAAAUAUUGACACCUUGAGAAUAGAAACGAUACAGGAGAUUAUCGAAAAGCUUACUAGUAUGAAAGAGAUGAUGAAUGAAUACUUCUCUAUUGAAAUCGAGACAAAUGACGGUGGUUGGAACAAGGCACGAAUUAAGAGUAUUCCCCUUUUACUCAAAGAUUAUAACCCACCGCUUUCAAAACUUCCUUUUUUCCUAUAUAGAUUAGGGACACAAGUGAAUUGGGAGGACGAGAUGGAAUGUUUGGACGGUAUAUUAAGACAACUCGCUUUGUUUUACAUCCCUCCUAUAAUUGAAAAAAUUCACGAAAAUGAUCCAGAACAUUUGAGCAGUACAUACGCUGCUGAAAUGAAUGAACUUACGGACACAAUGGAUCAUGUUGUAUUCCCAGUAAUAAAAAGAAGACUUCUUGCCCCCAAAAUUUUAUUGAAGGACGUGGUUGAAGUUGCGAAUCUUCCUGGUUUGUACAAGGUCUUUGAACGGUGCUAG